GUUUUUUUGUCAUUCUGAAUGAAAACAUGAAGUGCAAAUUCUGUCUGGGACCAGAUGAAGCGGAAGGAAAUGUUACCGACGGAUUUUCAUUAAGAUUCAACAAGAGGCAGGCUCCGUGAGAGGUUAGAUUAUUGGCCGGCAGGCGCAUGGACCCACACACACGCGCCGAGACACACACACACACACACACACACACACACACACACACACACACACACACACACACACUCCCUCACACUCACACUUCACAGCUGGUGUGUGCCUUCCUCCAGCAGAGACUGACAGAAGCGGGGCGACCGCUCUAAGCUGUGCGCGCUCAUCUCUCCUCUGCCUCCACCAGCGCGUCUUUCACUGUUGACACAGAAACUUUGAAGAGGUGAAAGGCAAGACGUCAAGACGCCGACAAAAUCACCGUCGACAGCGAAAGAAGAACAGGGCAAGAAAAAAAGAAAAAGAAAGAAGAACCAUCAAGUCCGAGGAGAAGCGGUGGAGCCGGGAGAAAAGAGGGAGCUAUGCCAUCUCCCGCCGAGCAGAGCCCAGUCCUCCUCUGUUGUGUGUCGGAGCUGCAGCAUGGUGUCUCUCCCCGGACUCUGGACCUACUGCCUCGCCCCGGGGAGACCUCAUCUCCUCUUCCUCUCUGCCAGACCGAUCCUGCUGCUUCUUCUUUUUGCCGUCUUCUCCUCCUCCCCGGAGUCCUGCUUCCCGCACCCGCAGCACUGCCACAUCCUCGCCCGGAUCGGACACACCGUGCGUCUCGGCGCACUCUUGCCGACCCGACAGCCGGCACGGAUACAAAACGCGCUCAACCGCGCCCUGGCUAGCCUCCGGCACCAGAGCGGAGGCGCGGACUCCUCAACCACCACCUCCUCCUCCCAGACACCCCCUCUGCUGCCCUUCAACCUGAGCCUGGAGAUGGUGGCUCGGUCGCCCUCGGGAGGAGACCCCGAGUCGUUGUCCCGGAGCGCCUGCCAGGACCUGGUGGUCAGAGGGGUGUCCGCGGUGCUCGCCUUCCCGCGCUCCAGGGAGGAGCUGAUCCAAGUGGAGUUCAUCUCGUCUUUUCUGGAAAUCCCUUUCAUCUCCAUCCUGGAGGACACAGAGCCUCUGGUGACUAAGAACCGAUUCCACCUGCAGAUGUCCGCCCGUGUGCCUCCAUCAACCCUGGGCACUCUGCUGCUGGCUGUCCUGCAGGGGAAAGACGGGGACAGGGACAGAGGAAGCCGGGGGGAGGACAGCUGGGGAGGAGCAGCUGUGAUUUGCCCUGGGUGGGAGGAAGGAGGUGAUGGAUUGCUGUCUCACCUGCAGACGCACAGCGGGUCCUCGUGGCAUUUAUGGGAUAUCAUCAACUUGACCCAUAUCUCUGGGGGCGGAGAUAGAAGAGGGGACGCCAGCGAGGAGAGGAGGGAGGAUCAGAGGGAAGAGGAGGCUUUGAAGAUCCUCUCCACCAGUUUUCUGCGCUCCCCCUCUCCUAUCUCUUCCGUUCUCCUCCUGGGAUCUGACCCAGAGUGUCUCUCUUCUGUCCUGCGGGCCGCUCAGCGCCUCGCUCCAUCGCUACCAGCACUGCAGUGGAUUAUGGGAUAUCCCUUGUCUCCAGAUUCGCUCCACACUCUCGGAGGGCCCCUUGGACUGUUGGCCUAUGGGGAGGUCGGACGUAAGCCAAUCAGCUUCUACAUAAGGGAUGCUUUGCAGUUGAUUGGUCGUGCGGUCACUGCAGCGACCAUGGUCAGGCCAGACUUGGCGCUGAUUCAGAACAUGGUGAACUGUUACGACAAACCGAACAGGCAUGAGCUGCCCUCUUCAGGACAAUAUCUGGCCAGGUUUCUCUCCAACACUUCCUUUACCGGGGCCACAGGCCUGAUCCAGGUGGAUGCUGGCCUAUCUCGAGUCUCCUCCUCCCAGCUGUUCCAUGUAUGGAGCCUGAAGAGGGGUGCUCUUGGCCAGCCAGCCUGGGUGACCGUAGGCCAGUGGACGCGAGGCAGGCUGGAGUUAGAAGGAGGCAUCCUGGGACUGGUGGGAGGCUUCAGAAGCAGUCAGGGACAAGGUCUUGGAGCCGGGGUACGGGGAGGGGAUGGACAGGGGGAUAGUCACAUUGGAGGACGCUGGAGGCCAGGAUUUUCCGUUGAGGGACAACGCCUCAGGGUGGUGACACUGGUGGAACACCCAUUUGUCUUUACACGGGAGGUGGACGAGGAUGGAUUGUGUCCAGCGGGUCAACUAUGCUUAGACCCAAGAACCAACAGGUCUGACAUAAUCCAGGCCCUCUUCCACCAGCUGCAUAACCCAAACGCUACUGCUGCAGAAUGGGAGGGCAUUGACCUGCCAGAGGACCUGAGGAGGUGCUGCUAUGGGUACUGUAUCGACUUGUUGGAGAAACUUGCGGAAGACAUGGGAUUUACCUUUGACCUUUACAUUGUGGGGGACGGAAAGUACGGCGCAUCAAGUGGGACGGGACGUUGGACGGGGCUGGUCGGGGACCUGCUGAGUGGAACAGCUGACAUGGCCGUCACUUCAUUCUCCAUCAACUCUGCCCGGAGCAGAGUCAUUGAUUUUACCUCGCCCUUCUACUCCACCAGCCUAGGCAUUCUGGUUCGUAGCAGAGACACUGCUGCCCCAAUUGGAGCCUUUAUGUGGCCUCUCCACUGGUCCAUGUGGGUGGGUAUUUUUGUCACGCUCCACCUCACCGCGCUCUUCCUCACCUUGUACGAGUGGAACAGCCCCUUCGGCAUGACACCCCACGGCAGGAACAGGCUGCGAGUGUUCUCUUAUUCCUCCGCCCUCAAUCUCUGCUAUGCCAUACUGUUUGGACGCACUGUCGCUACCAAGACUCCAAAAUGCUGGACCGGGCGCUUCCUGAUGAACCUUUGGGCCAUCUUCUGCUUACUGGUGCUGUCCAGCUACACCGCUAACCUAGCUGCAGUCAUGGUGGGGGAAAAGACCUUCGAGGAGGUCUCGGGAAUUCACGACGACAAGCUGCACCACCCCUCCAUGGGCUUCCGUUUUGGAACGGUGCGGGAGAGCAGCGCUGAAGAUUACAUGAAGAAGAGCUUCCCGGAGAUGCACGACUACAUGAGGCGCUACAACCAGCCCACGACCCCUGAAGGCGUACACAUGUUAAAGACAGAUCCUCCUCUCCUGGAUGCCUUCAUUAUGGACAAAGCCCUGUUGGACUUUGAGGUCUCCAUCGACGCAGAAUGCAAGCUGCUCACUGUGGGGAAGCCGUUCGCUAUUGAAGGCUACGGCAUAGGUCUGCCCCAGGGCUCUCCUCUAACCCGAAACGUGUCCGAGUUCGUGAGUCGCUACAAGUCUGAUGGCUUCAUGGACAUGCUACAUGACAAAUGGUAUAAGGUGGUGCCUUGCGGGAAACGAGUCUUUGCCGUCACUGAGACUCUACAGAUGGGGAUCCAGCAUUUCUCGGGCCUGUUCGUGCUGCUGUGUAUGGGGGUGGGUGGAGCCUUGCUGACCUUGGCAGGUGAACACACCUUCUAUCACCUGGUCAUCCCACGCCUCCGGCGCACGCACACACUGCAGUACUGGCUGCACACGAGCCAGAAAAUUCACAGAGCCCUCCACACCACGUACGAGGACGUUGGGAAGGAGCUGAGCGGCCUCGAUGAAAACCCCUCCUCUUGUAUCUCAGAGAACUGCACCCUGCACAGGAAACAGCAUCACCCUCCUCCCAGGUCUCCUCCAAACUCCCCAGACGCUUCCACCACAGCCGGAGACACCAACAACUCCUCCCCAUCGCAUGAGCCCAAGGAGAAACGUGUGCACUUCGACCUGGAGACCUUACACAGCUACCGCCUGCGCACACACACCGCCUCUGUGCGCGGCAGGCCCGGCAUGGUGGGCCGACCUGGGCUCGGUCUUGGAGGCUUCGGGCUAGGCGGCAUGGGGAGUUUCGCCUCCCCUCCGCAGAUAAGCCUCCAUGCUAACGGGGGGCCGGUGUCUACGCUGGCAUCCUCCGGCUUGGUUCUCUCUCCGCUGGGAAACAGGGCGGCUCAGACCAGCAUGUGGGAGGGGGAGCUCCAGGACCUGCAGGGGAAGAUCGAGACGUUCAGGACCCAGCUGAGGGAGGCUCUGGCCAGGAGGGCUGAGAUCCAGAGCAGCCUGGAGAGGGAGAGGAGCGGACUCGUGCGCAGGGACACCAGUCUGGAAAGGGAGAGGGACAGGCAGAGGAUACAGACUAUUAACACGGACAGAAGCAGCUCCACUCAGCCGAAACUCCCCGAGAGGGACAGGACCAGCCAACUGCAAACCCUGAACAAUCAGCAGACAGGGAGGGCCAACCAAUCAGGCGGUCCUGGGACUCUGGAGCAAGGCAGGAGCAGCCAAUUAAACACAGUUAACAGUUUGGACAGAGGGAGAGCCAACCAAUUACGCUCCGUUAACACUCUGGCAGGAGAGAGGACUGUCCAUUCGCGCACUUCCACAAGUUUGGAGCGAAGUCGAGUCAACCAACCAGGCGCUGGAAAUGUUACCGUCCAAUCACGGAACACGUCUAGCCUGGACAGACAGAAGGCUAACCUGUCGAGCACGCUGAACACUUUGGACAGGACAAAAACCAACCAAUCAGGUGUAAGCAGUGGAACUUGAAUGUCUUUGAGAGGACCCCGAUGUGCGGGAUUUACAGGCGGUGCGCGCAUAGCCGUGGGAAGAUGGCUUUGUUGGAAUGGGUUGAGUUUAGGGCACGCUUGCUGAAUAAACACGGUAUAGUUUAACUCACACCAUCACUCAAUGUUACCUCCUAAUAUUCACCCUCCACACUCUCUCAAACUCCAAACUAAAACCUUAAACUGCAAUCAAAGGACGAGUAAAAGUUAACAGUCCAUGGAAUCAUAAAAAUCUAUCUGAGCUGUGGAAUUAAAGCCAAAAGUUCAAAUGUGAGAAAAGUUUCAGAAUAACCAGGCUAACAAUGCUCAAUCAGUGCUCAUGGAGAUGACAAGUAAUUCAUAUGUGGAACCAUCAACCACAGCUGUUUGACAAGUGAAAGCUGAUUAACAGUAAGGCCUCUUAGACCGUCUGAGGAGGCCUGCAAGCACACAAAAGACGCAACGCCACAAGAGACACAGAGACGUCAAAGUAAGCCCGAAUGUCAAAAGACAGAAAACUAAAACCUCAUUUUACAAACGCACAUGCAUCAAUCAUCCCUUUGAACCAUGAGUGCAAGCAGAAGAAAAUGUAACAAUGAAAAGUAUUAUAAGUAAUAACUUCC